UUAUAUUUGGAUCUAUACACUCACUCUCCCCAUUUAAAUAAGGGUGAUGACUCACGUUAGCGAACUGGAUUCCAGACACUAAUCCAGGAGUUCUCUGUACUUUUUGUAGUAGUAAGGUUCUUCCCUCUUUUUGCGAGAUGCUUGCUAUCGGUUUCUACAAGCUUUCGAAUUAUGCCAAUGCGGCGAAAGCAAAUAGAACCGAAAAGUGUAGUGUCCUGCCGUAAAUCAUCCGCCAUCCAUAGUGAGGCCUCUUGAAUGUGCGCUCACUGGCUGGCGUACAUUCUAUCACACCACUACCUAACUUUUUGGCAAGGUUUUGAAUGUUCCAAAAUUUGUUUCCUAUUAAAAACAGAAAAUUCUAGGAGUAGCGAGAUGAGCACAACAAAAAGUUACUGGAUGGAGCAAGAGAAAAUGUGGUUGGGCUGUCUCUUUUCAGUUACCAAAUGAAUCAACUUUGCACCACCACGCGACUCUUUUGCAUGACCAAUAACUCCCCAAAGCAAACUACUAUUACCUAAACCGCGGCCCAGCACAGGAACGGGAACCUAACGUUUCAGUCAUGAUCUCAUCGCUGGGUUUCAUUUGUACGUGCGCGUAUCCUCCAUGUUUCGCUCUACGCGAAACAAGCUAAUAGAGCCGUGUAGAGGUUGUACCUCUAUCAGUUUGUUAUUUCUUCUGCCCUUAUAUCCUCGUGCAAUACCCGAGCGCACUGUUGAUUUCGUUUUAGUUUCUCUAUCGCUUAAGAAGUAUCCUCUUGCACUUUUAACCGCGGUUUGCGAAAGUAACUAUCCGCGAAGUAACUAUUUGCAAAAACUGGGAGCCGGGCUUUUGGGAUAUUAUUAUCAUUGAUUUGUACUGUUAGUAGUUAUGGCUCUUUUGUUUAUCUAUAACAGAUAUAGAAUUGGAUAUCUUGCCGCCACUCCCUCCGCGUAAUGACGAAAGAUUAACGGUUAAGAUAGAGUCAUUCAAUCAGACAUGAACUCACUCACGUAAAGCAACCCCACCAGUUCUUUGCUGCUGCAGAGGCCAACGAACAACUCAUUCUCGGUUAGAUGGCUAAGCAGGCGGAAUGUGAAAAUAGUUAAACGUGAGACACAACUACGUCUCAGUGAAUGUGUCGAUCGGAAUCGUGGGGAUUCGCUAUGCCUUAACACAAGUACCAUCAUCAUCAUCGUCAUCGAAGAAGUGCUUCGCGGUGUUUUAGUUACAUAUAUGUUUGCGUUUUAGAAGGAGUUCAUUUUAAUUUGUUUAUUGCAUUCAUACUAAUCGCUAACAUGCGCGAAAUGUGAUUUAAAACGUUUUCUUUUCUUUAUUUUUUAAUUGUAUAACCAUGCCUCACGCAACAUUACUCCAACAGUCAUCAGCGCUGCUUGUUUGACUAUUAAUAGUUGUUCCCAUUUGCAGUUGGUUUUUUGUUUAUCUUCGCUUCAUCGUUUUCUCCUUCGUUCGGACUUAAAAGGAAGAAAUUGCCUUAGUCAUUUAAUAUGCGCUAGUUGUUAAACACUUACAGAACCUAUGAUUCCUUCUAUCCCACAAUAAAUAUAAUAUAUAUAUGGAGCGUA